AUGACAACUUUUGUAGUAGAAGUGCAUCACACUGGAUAUUUUAUCCAUGAGCCGUAUAUUAAAUACAUAAGUGGUAAGGUGGAUCGCUAUACAAAUUUUGAUCCAGAUUACUGGUCUUUCUUUGAGGUAAUUGGUGUUGUUGAACAGUUGGGGUAUUAUAGCUAUCUAAAAUUGUGGGGUAGGGAUCCAACAAAAGAAGUKGGUGGUUAUCGACUAAUAGAAUCUGAUAAAGAUGUCAUGGAGUUAGCUAGUCUUUUAAGUGAUGGAAUGAAAUUUGAGAUAUAUGUAGAACAUGAAUGUGAGGAUGAAGCGAUACUCUUAGACAAUGAUAGUGAUGCAUUACCUUAUAUUAGUGGUUGUGAAUCUGAAUUUGAAGAUGAUGAUGAUUUGUUAUCUAAUAUAUAUAUUGAUAAGGAUGUGGAGGGUACUGCUUCAAAACCAUCAGAAAUCAUAGGAAUAGAUGAUAAUGUUGAGAAUAAUGAUGGCGGAAGUGAUAUUGACUCUAGUGAGCUACUCUCAUUAAARGAUUCGUCUGAUUCUGAAGUUGAUGUUAGAAUAAAAUAUCCUGUUUAUAGAGAAACAACRGGUGAUGAGAAACCAUAMUUUGAAUUAGGCAUGUCAUUUAACUCAUUGAGAGAGUUCAAGAAUGUUGUGGAUGAUUAUGCUGUUAAGGGAGGAUGGCAAAUACGAUUUGUGAAAAAUGAUAAGACUAGAGUUAGAGCCAAAUGUGUGGAUGGCUGUAAAUGGUUGGCUUAUGUUGCCAAGGUACAAGGAGAAAUGACUUAUCAGUUGAAGACCUUUGUUGGUGAACACUCGUGUAGUAGGUCCUUCAGCAAUCCAMGCCUAACAUCUAGAUGGCUAARUAGACAAAUUGUAAAUGAUGUGAAGGARCAACCAGAUAUAAGAUUGAGAGCCAUCCAAGAGAAGGUACAACGUAAGUACAUUUCACAAAUUAAYAAAGUGAAAGCUUUUAGAGCAAAGAAAUUGGCUUUAGAUAUAGUGCAUGGAUCACACAAAGAGCAAKAUAGUCRAUUAUGGGAGUAUUGUGCGGAGAUACAUAGAUCCAAUCCUGGUAGCAGUGCUCUUUUGAACUUGGAUGUGCGACAGGAACAAGAAGAGGUUGAUGGUCAACCAAUUGGUAGAAUUAUAACAAUCAAYACUUUUCAACGGUUGUAUAUAUGUCUUGAUGGAUGUYGACGAGGUUUCAUUGCUGGUUGUAGGCCAUUUAUUGGUUUAGAUGGUUGUCAUUUAAAAGGCCCUUAUGGAGGAYAAUUACUAGCAGCAAUUGGAAGAGAUCCUAAUGACCAAUACUUUCCCUUAGCCUUUGCAGUAGUUGAGGCAGAGACCAAAGACUCGUGGACAUGGUUUUUGACUAAAUUACUUGUGGAUAUUGGAAGGUUUAGUGCYAACCUUYAGUGA